GGGGGAUAUAGUUCGAUAUGAGAACACCGAAUACGACACGUCAAGAAAGUCAAUGACACCAGCAUCUUUCAAACUAUGCUAAAAUCAAGAUCUGAUUACGACGUCCUUGCCUAGAAAGCAAGGCCACGAAUUUCGGAAGAUUGUAUGCAGUGAGACAUCUCUGUUUUCACUAUGCCAUUCCUAGACGUUUGUGCUAGGUGUUAGAUUUACUGCUUCGCAAACAGUGACAAGAUAUCUCAAGCAGGAUCAAUAAUAGGUAUCAAAUUGCCCUCAACACCUUUUGCAUAGACAAAAACAUGGCUCCAUUUGACAAGACGAAGUCAUAUGCUUCGCAGGAAGAAACAUUUUUCGAUGACGGUAGAGAAGAAGAACUUGUCGAGUUUGUGCGAAAUCAUCACGAUCGAUCUAAGAUUCAAGGUUCGCCAGCAAACGUCCUCCAAGCUAUCGAUGAGUAUGGACGAACGAAGAGGUAUCUUAUGAAUGUAGGAGAGGAUAAAGGAGCUAUUGUCACCAAGAUAAUCAGUGAAAGAAAGCCUCAUAUAAUGGUUGAGCUCGGAGGGUAUUGUGGAUAUUCCACAAUACUUUUUGGGUCUGCAGUACGGGCUUCCGGGGGAGCGAAGUAUUAUUCAUUGGAGAGAAGUCCAAAGUUCGCAAAAGUUAUCACUGCACUCGUGGAAUUUGCUGGUCUCGAAGAAUUUGUUGAAGUGAUCGUUGGUCCAAGUAACGAGGGAAUUCAAAAACUACAUUCUCGUGGAUUGAAGACCAUUGAUAUGAUGUUCCUAGAUCACUAUAAGCCAGCAUACACGACUGACUUGAAGUUAUGUGAACAGUUGGGCCUGAUCAAAAAAGGAACAGUUCUUGCUGCCGACAAUGUUAUUAGUCCAGGAAACCCUCCAUACCUAGAAUAUGUGCGAAGCAGUGUUGAGGACAAACUCCAGAAGCUGGAGCUGGAGGGGAAGCUGGAUACUGAUGGGUUUGCGAAACGAUCUGCCACUCAAUAUGGUGGGGUUGAGGCUCUAGCCACUGGGAUAAAAGGCAAUCCCAAACUCAUAUACGACAGCCAAUUGAUCAACAGCUUCGAGCCUACCGGAGAGCCAGAUGGAGUAGAAAUAACUCGAUGUGUGGGAGAAGUUGGGGGUAGUCAGUCUUAGAUUUCAACGCCUGUCUGGAAUCUGAAUCUUUUGCCAAUUUGAUCAGGUCUUCAGCGGGGAUCAUUCAAGACUGGAAGUCUUCUUGUGGAUCCUCCCGUUUCCAUUAUAAAGUAUGCGGUGGGGCGCGAGACACCAAUGUGCCAAAACGCGGUUCCUGUUGCUUCUCGCCACUCCACUCAGCAAUAACUUUGCGACAAUGAGUAAGGAUGAUAAGAUGCCUAGGAACAGCUUUCAUGCGAAGUCCAUUUGAAUAUUGAUACCGUUUAACUUUAUCAUGAACUGCAAUAAAAUAGAAAGGUGUACUGUGGAUUGUAUCCCGUAGAUGGAUUGAACUAUUAAGUCGUGAAGUUGAGGUCGAAUUAAGGUACA